UGAUGAUGAUGAUGACUAACAUGGCGGCGGUGUGGUGCAGUAAAUAUAUUUAGUGUCAGAUCCUCCAAAUUUCUACCUUUCUCUGGUCGCCCAAGAGAUCGUUAUUCCCAACAUGACUGACUCCGGUGCCCGGUCCGCAAUGCCGCCGGCCAGUGAGGGUCUAGGCCGUGCAAUGAGUCCGCAGCGGCGUCCUUUUUGGAAGAGGAACGCCCCCAAAGUGCCCGGCAGGUCUGUGCAAGCCAGUCCCAUUAGGGAGAAUCUAAAGGACCAAAAACCUAGAAAGACUUUGUCAUUCCAAGAUUUUGAGGAUAACACCAGUGAUGCUUGGGAUGAUGCUGAAGAUGAGAUUAUUGCGCUCUCGGAGGCGAAGCUCUCUUUCGAAAACUUAUUACCUGUCUCGGUGAAUCACGGCAAAACGGCGAGCACCAAUCAGGCAAGCCUGCCUCAGCGAUUAGAGGAAGUAACGGGAGAAAAUACAGUUCCUGUAACAGGAGACUUUCCAAGCCAACAGGCAAGUUCAACAGGCAAGUCAGAAGAAGUGUCGUCCGUCAGUCGACAGAAAGGUGUGGGUCCGGGGGUUGGGAUCAGACAGAGCAUACCUGAAGACUCGAACACAGCACCAGCCAUGCCCCCUGUACACCCCCCACCCACAGUCAACACCAGGCAUUCAGGUAGGAACACAGCACCAGCCAUGCCCCCUGUACACCCCCCACCCACAGUCAACACCAGGCAUUCAGGUAGGAACACAGCACCAGCCAUGCCCCCUGUACACCCCCACCCACAGUCAACACCAGGCAUUCAGGUAGGAACACAGCACCAGCCAUGCCCCCUGUACACCCCCACCCACAGUCAACACCAGGCAUUCAGGUAGGAACACAGCACCAGCCAUGCCCCCUGUACAUGUACACCCCCCACCCACA